UCCCAAACCCCCGACCCAAACCCAGAACCUACGGUCGAGAUCGGUCCCAGUCACGGUCUUUCCCGGCCAUGACGGUGGUGCGGCUCCAUGACUUGCCAGAGCCCGUGCUGGAGCUGCUGAUGAUGUGCCUCGUGGACGCGGCGUAUGAUUGUGAGCAUGCUGCCAAGCUCUUCCGUGCCCACUUUGAUGGCAAUACUGCAGCAGAGGAGUUCACUGGAGAUGCCGUGCGAGGCAUCCUCCGUGAGAUGGCCCAUGAUGGAAUGUUGCAGUUCCUUCAUGCCGCCUGCACACCAGAGGCGCAACGCACACCAGAGGCCAAAUUUGAGUGCUUUGCACCUCCUCCUCGACGGUUACCCGCAGGCGCUCCAGGCAUAGACAAUUCCACACUGGACGAGCCACCUGCUGAAGCACCGAAUACCUGGUCCUUGGACGAUGUCAUGCUGGGCAAGAUCUUUGAGAACCUUGGGCGCAAGGGCUCGAUUCCGGCGAUGCGCGCGUCGCGGCGGUUUCGCUCCGUCGGCCUAGCGGUGAAGAACUUCUGGCAGCAGGCCGUCUUCGUGGAGGAAGGCACCGAGCUCUCCAGUGCGGCGGAGCGGCUCCAAAAGCGGCUGGGGAACUUCGUGGAGCAACAUGCGCAGCAGGUGGAGGAGAUGGCGCUGCGCAACACGGCUGUGGCUCCCUUUUGGAAGCAAGCAGCGGAAAGCCUGUUGAAGGUUGAGAACUUGCAGAGGUGCUUUACGACGUCGUGCUUUACGGCUUUGCAGCGUUUGAUCCUGCAUUCCUUCAAGUCGCAGGAGCUUCAUGCCAUUACCAGCAAUGGCAGGCUUUUCCCGAAGCUUGAGCGCCUGGAGUUGUUCCAAUGUUGGUUGGGUGCAGGCAACUUCCUCGACUUAGCCGAGCUUCCAGCACUGUCCUCGCUGGGCAUUUGGGGAUUGAAGAACACCCAGAUUUCUCUACCUGAUCGUUGGCCAUCCUUCCGUCUCGAUGAACUUUGCUUGGACCCCGUGGAGGCCACUGCCUGGCCACGCUUGGGAGGACCUCGCUCCCUUCAGCGCUUGCAUCUCUGCACCUCGCGGCCGCGCCUCGCGCUGGCAUCGGUGCCCACGUCCUUGCAGGUCCUGUCCUUGACGACUUCAGCCCAGGAUUUGAGCAAUCCAUUCGUUGAAGCGUUUGUUCUCCUGGACGAGCACGUGCAACAACUUUUGCCUUCCUUGCCCCAGCUGGUGGAUUUGGUUCUCAGUGGUCAUGUGAGACUGGGACCCUGCAGCAUUAGUUGCCUCAGCAGCCAUACCAACCUGCGACGCUUGGGCUUGGCCAAGUGUGCUGCUUUGGACUGCGACGAGGCACUGGCCGUGUUCAUGGCCUCCUCCUGGCGCAGCCUGGAAGUCUUUGAAGCUCCAGGGCAGAAGCAUUUCAAGCUGGAUCAGCUCCAGAGAAGUUUUCCCCACCUCCAAGUCCUUGGUCUUGAUUCCACGUUAGUUCCUCAAGCAGGACAUUCCUUAGCUCGACCCCAGGCCUCGGUCACAGCUGGCUGGUGGGAGGAAGUCAUCGAUAGCAGACGCCCCUCCUUCGGCUUUGCUCAGGCAGAACGACGCAGUGCACAGAUGAACUCGCCCUUAGGAUAUUUGGCGCACGUGAGCCACUUCCUCCAACAGCCCGGCGACUUCGGCGAGGUAUGCCGAGGCCCAUGAGACGGUCGUCUUGCUUCGCGAAAAA